UUCAAAUUUUUAUAUUGUUUGGCAACUUUUAAAGUUUUUCACGCAGCAAGCACUGAAACCUAUAAUAACCAUGAUGAGCUGCAGGACUCCUAUUUAUGUGCAACUGCGUUUGUUCUAUUAUUAAUUAUGAUCGUUAAAUAUGAUACAAUUAAAAUUGUAUCAUAAUUACAUAAAUAACUUUGUGUCGUGUGUUCAAUCAUACUUCAACAAUAAUGGCAUUAAGGACACUGCUUCCCAGUCUUCCAAAAUUAAUUUUAUUUUCUUCGACCAGAAAUAGCACGACCUUCUGCAAAUCAUCUCCUUUAAACAGGUGUGUCAUCUUAAACACUUGCAGCAAUUUUAGAAGCUUUAGCACUGACAAUAAUUUUAUGGUCUUGGGCAUCGAGACCAGUUGUGAUGACACAGGAUGUGCAAUCGUGGACAGUAACGGGACCAUCCUGGGCGAAUCGUUGCACUCUCAAUUGAAAGUACACCUCGACCACGGUGGAAUCGUACCUCCUGUAGCCAGUGAUCUUCACCGAGCCCACAUAGACCAAGUGGUGGAUGAGGCCAUCAAAGCGUCUGGAGUCGACAUUUAUGAUAUUGCUGCGAUCGCCACAACGAAUAGACCAGGGCUGCCACUGUCAUUGGAAAUAGGUCUUCUUAAGGGAAAGCAAAUGGCGAGAGAAUUGGGGGUGCCAUUCAUUCCCAUUCACCACAUGGAGGCGCAUGCACUCACAAUCCGAAUGCUCGAAAAGGAUGUGCAAUUCCCAUUUCUAGUGCUGCUCGCCUCAGGAGGUCAUUGCAUCCUUGCUGUCGCACAGCAGGUGGAUAAAUUUCUCAUCCUUGGACAAACCAUAAAUAAUGCUCCUGGAGAGCAGUUUGAUAAAGCAGCAAGGAAGUUGAACCUGAAAGUGAUUCCAGGUCUGGAAAAUGUCUGUGGGGGAGCUGCAAUAGAGACCCUGGCGCGGAAAGGAUAUUCAAGCGCUUUUCCCUUCUCCACUAGCAUGACCCAGUAUCAAGACUGCAAUUUCAGUUUUGCCGGCAUCACAAUGAAUUUAUAUAGCCAUGUGAAAAAGAUCCAGAAAAAAUUUGAUUUAGUCGAUGGUGAUAUUUUGCCUGGACUCGAAGACUUGUGUGCCAGUUACCAGCACGCUGUCACCAAGCACAUUUGCCAGAGACUGCAGCGAGCCAUGGAGUUUGUGGACAGAAAAGAACUCAUCCCUCUUGGCCAAGGACCCAGAGCUUUUGUUGUCUCUGGUGGUGUUGCAAGCAACAGAUAUAUUAAAAUGGCGAUGGAAGUCAUCUGCAGCGAGUACGAUUACAAGCUCUACGCUCCUCCACCACGACUGUGCACUGACAAUGGAGUCAUGAUCGCUUGGAACGGUGUUGAACGAUGGAAGGCUCAGUCGGGAAUCGCUGAAAAUCUGGAUGAUGUGGAUUUUUACGGAAAAUGCCCAAUUGGAACUGAUAUUAGUCAGGAAGUUGCUGCGGAGAGCAUCAAAUGCAAAUGGAUUAAACUUAAGGCGCUCAGGCAGAUGUCGGAAUUUGUAUACUUGGAUGAGGCGCAGAGAUGAAACAAGUACUGUCUUGAUUUCUUCCCUCAACUUUUCCUGCACAUCUUGAUUGUUGGCGAUUUCAAAAAGGGUGAAAGCAAGAGCGGAAGACGAAGUCUCGAAACCAUCACCAAAGAACCCUACUGCCUGUGAUGUCAGUACAUCGUGAGUAAACUCUGAAAAAAGAAUGUUCAGUUUCCUUAUUAAAAAUCCAAACCAAUUUUACCAAUUUUUGCUUCUUCAUAAUGGUCAGUUCCGCCGUUUUCUUGCUUCACUCCAUUCUCAAUCUUCUCUCCGGCGUCAGCGUCCAGCUCUCCUUUUUUCUUCAGCUGAAUCAGCAGUUGAAUGAAGUCGCUCCUAGUGACGUUGUUUUUUUCUCUGAACUCGAUAGCGUCCUUCACCAGCUUCCUGAAGAAGUUGGCUAGGCGGUCGGACACAAA